AUGCCUCUCUCCGCCUCCUCCGCCAUCCCCGCAACACAUCAUGGCAGCACCUCUCAAGACUCCGACCCUCGUGUCGACGAGGCAGCUCAUGAGCUCUUGGAGCUGUUCACACGAUUCGUGCAGCAGGCCCUCGGUGGAUGCGGUGAUUCCAGGUGCACCGAGGUGGCCUGUCAUACCGGCCGUGUCAACACCAGCGAGCGUCCCGUCCGACGGUACACGGCCAGAUCCGCUCGUGCAGUCGCCCUGACCAUCUGCUCUCUCCCGGAUCCUCGCUGUCGUCUCUGUCCCUACUUUGAGCCAGCCCCUGAUGACGUCGGCCACCAGCCAGAGGACAAGGCAGUGGGCGCGGCCGCGGCACACGACCCGUCCAACUUGAUGCAGCUCUUCUGCGACACAAACCUCAUUGCUCGGCUUCCGCAACAUGCCGCCACCCUCGCCUCGGACCAUGAACUUGGACGCAUUCACGACAAAGUCUCCAGAAUGCUGAAGCUGGCUGCACGCCUACCUUCCUUGGACGGUGAGGGCUUCCUCUCCAACAGUCAACUCGCUGAUGGGCUUUUCGAAUGCCUCGAAUGGCUGCUCAGCAGAACACCCUUGCAGAGGAUGGCCCCAUGGAAAAUGGUCAACCGUGAGUUCAUCAGCAAAGGCUACGCGUAUCCCCCACAGCACGGCAAUCUACCCGUCGAUGAGACUUACAACACGUGGCUUACCAUUCUCGAUUUGCUGGAGCACGGACCCUAUCUAUACCUUUGGAAGCGCAUGCUACACGUCAUCAUCCGUCGGCGAGCACUCCAGCAGGCUCUGGGUGCCGUCGCAACGAGAGUAGGCAGCAAGACUACGUUCAAGAGGCUAGACGAAUCAGUCCCCCAUCUGCUCGCGGCCAAGGUAUGCAGAAAUUAUGCCUCGGAUCCGACACGAGUCCUCGCCCUCAUAGUCUGGCUUAAAAAGGUCUUUACCAAAACAUGGGACUCCCAACCGAUGGUCCUUGAGCACGAUCCCAUCUACGCAGCGGUGGAAAUCCUGGCGCAGAUUCAGGAUCAAGGCAUACCCGGGCUACCUCCAGACACUUUCUACAUGCCCUUUAUUGUUUCGCGAAUUGGCAUCGGUGAGCUCGCAAGCUCAUUCUCUUCGGAAGGCAGGAAGAGAGCACUUCACAUUGCACAGUACAAUGCCUUCAUCGCAUUUUCAGAUCUAUCCCUCAUGUUUCGAUCUGUGAAUCAUCUCACGAUGAGGUAAUACCAGCGAGCAAAUCUCCAUGCUUCGGCGAAUUUCUGGCUGACAGGAAUGCACAGAGAAGCACACGCAGCUGUUGAGAAAGCGCAUGCAUUGCGAAGACGUACUGACCUACAGGUACAGGAAGACCUUCUCCCUGAACAGAUCCAGCAUGCUGAGCAAUAUUAUCUUCUGCUAAACGUCAGCCGUGCCAAUGUUCUCAGGGAUGCCUUUGAUCACUUGUGGCACCGUCGGAAGGGCGAACUCCGCCGUCCACUUCGAGUUCGGCUUGGAGAGGCGGACGAGCUCGAGAUCGGGCAUGAUUUAGGAGGUGUACAGAUCGAAUUCUUCAAUCUGGUCUGCAAAGACGCCUUUGCAGAGGAAGCCCGUAUGUGGUCGCGCCCUCGAUUGCGUCUUCGGAGCUAACGCAAGAAUCAGAGAUGUUCACAACCGAUUCCACGACAGGCUUGAGCUAUUUCGCACCCGGCUCUUUGCAGCCACUCUACAUGUUUGAGCUGCUGGGCAUGCUUAUGGCUCUUGCCGUGUACAAUGGAAUCACCUUGCCCGUUACCCUCCCCUGGGUCUUCUAUGCCCUGCUUGACGGGGCCAUUCUUCCGCCAGAGUAUCCACAGCUAGGAGUGUCUGGGAUUCAAGACGGAUGGCCGGUGGUUGCGAAUUCACUACAAAGCAUUCUUGAGCAAGAUCUCGAAGGCCUCGAUUUCACUUUUCCGCUCGAAGCGAAUGGUGUGCGCCUGACCGUCCUACUUCCCUGUGCCGGAAUUAGAAAGACGGGUGAGCGAAGGGAGUUGAAAGUGGUCAGCUGCGUAGGCGUCGCCGGAGCACCGGUCAACUUGGAUGAUAUCUCGGAAUCAUGGCCUGGCUGGAAACUCGUCAAGGCAACCAGCGAAGACGUGAUCUCAGAUGUAACGCCAGAGAACAAGCACGCGUAUGUCCAGGAUUACUCCAAAUUCCUCUGCUACGGGUCCGUUGCGCCUCAAUGCGAUGCCUUCUUCCGGGGCUUCUACGAUUCCAGCGUGCUGGACGCCCGGGCCAUUGAUCUCUUCACUCCCGAACAGCUCAAACUCCACAUUGAGGGAUCCAACCACAUCGACAUCAACGACCUGCGAAGCUGCGCCAAGUACGAAGGGUACGAGCCGCAUUCCCGCUACGUGUCGAUGUUCUGGCGCAUCGUGGCCUCGUGGCCCGAAGCGAAACACCGACAACUGCUCAAAUUCGUCACGGCCGCGGAGCGCACGCCGAUCACCGGCGCGAAGAACCUGACGUUUGUGAUCAAGCGGAAUUGGCCCGGCAACCCGGACGCCCUGCCUACGAGUUCGACGUGUUUCGGGACCCUGUAUCUGCCCAAGUAUCCGAGUGCGGAGGUGCUGGCUGCCAAGUUGAACCUGGCGUUGAAGUAUGGCACGGAAGGGUUUGGCACGGGAUAG